AUGGGCAAUAAUUUUUCGGAAUCCUCGACGCAUGUGAUCAACGAUGCAUUCUUAAGAGGUGGAUUCGUCAUUGACAAAAACAACCACUAUGAGGUUACAUUUCACCAUACAGUCCAACCAACUUACAACAAGUUUCAAAUAAUCAGGUAUCUCAAGACACAAAAAACAAAUGAGAAUGGCUGUGAUAGACAAAACAGCACAGAAAGCAAUUUAAAUUUCAGAGAUCCUUGGGUGUCAAGUAUUUUAUCCAGAGUAUCUAUUCCCGCAAAGCUGCGUCAUCCGUCUAUCCUUCGGGUUCACAAAACAUGGUCAAAUUCGGUGGACACUUCCUAUUUAGUUGUAGAAAAUUCGGUCCCGUUCAAUGCGAUCGUUGUCAAUCCCGUGGCAGACGAAUUACUGGCUGGGUCGCGUAGUAUCCUCUGUGCGCUUGACUUCCUACAUAACACGCUCAAGAUUUCGCAUAAUAAUGUAGUUAUUAGCAGCAUAUUUGCUGACUCCCUUAUGUGUUGGAAACUGGGUGGUUUCGAGUUGUCUUUGGAAUUCGAAAAUAUGUCUGCUGAUGAAAUAAAAAAAAUUGAGGCCUUAAAGGGUCACAGUGAUUUAAAGGCCUUGAAUUUCGAUGCGAAUUACGCAUUCUGUUAUGAUGUUUACUGCUUCAGCCGGAUGAUGUGUUCACUUACCAAAACAAAUGAUGAAGGUUACUUCUAUCGAUUCUCACAAGUUUUAAGCAAGUCUUGUAUGCAUAGUACACCAAAAGUACGUAUACCGGCCGACCAACUCUUAGCCCACCCAUCCUUCAAAAGUCCUUAUCUUCUGGCUUUGGAUUUCUUAGGCACGUAUAUGACUCAUAGUGACGAAGCAAAAGAAGUAUUCUUCAGGUCUUUUUCAGAAGAAAUCUUCAGCAAUAUUUCGGAGGAGUUAUUUUGCCGCAAUUUGUUACCAAAGAUGUUUGAAAGUACAAUUUUUCUUGACUACCCAUGUCGCAGUCUGCUUGCGGAAAUUUUUCAUUCUUCUAAAGAAAAUGUCCAGGGAUCUUCUAAACCCAAAGUGGUCAUUUCUCUCCAGAAUUUUCAGAAAUUUAUUACUCCGCUAAUUAUUCACAAGUUCAUGAUUACUGAAAGACACACACGGAUCAUAUUGCUUGAAAACUUCAGUGGUUAUCUGAAAGCGUUAACGGACAGUGAUUUGAUGAACGUAAUCUUACCACAAAUUUGUUUUGGAGUCUUUGACAAGAACGAUAGAUUAUCUGUGUUAAGUAUACAAUCUCUCGGUUGUCUUGCUAAUCGUUUGAACGCUACGGUUGUUUUGAAUUGCCUUCGUCGUACCGAAGACGAUCUCUGUAAAUCUGGUAAAUUAUCGUCUACGUCUGUAAACUCACACAGGAAUAAUAACGCACAGAAUACAAAUUUUAGUAAUUCAAAGAAUGCGUAUUCCUCGAUUUGGCCGCGUAGUAAUCUUUUCUAUGAAGCAGCUCCAAAAAUAGGAAGGUGUAAUCGUGAAAUUCCAUGUUGUGAAAAGAAAUCUUUAAAUGAUAUCAAUGGUGUCUCUCGACCGUUAGCCCAGUUAGCAGUAUUUUCUGAGGAUUACGAUCCCUCCAAAACUGCAUAUAUGUUAAACAAUUGUAAUAAUUCUCCGGUUACCUCUACUCUGGCAGACGGUGAUAUCAUCAAGUUGUCCAACAGCCGUCCUACUUCUAGUACCACAACUGGUGCUGCUUUCAGUAAUAAUCAUACUAGUAAUAACGAGAACAGUACUAAUAGUCAUGACUCUCAUUCUGAUUAUGGUGGAGAUGUGCUAUUAAAAACUGUUCAAAAUACCUGUGAACAAAUACCUGAACAAAAUUUUGAUUCUAUCAAUGAUUCAUCAUCAUAUAAUAUAGCCGCAAAUGUAGUUAAUAAACAUGAAUCUUCAGCUCUUGUAGACAAAUCCAUUGAUAAGAAAGCAUCACCAGCAUGCUCUGUGGAUAAUUCUACUGCUGCGGGCAAUUAUUAUAAGAAGGAAGAAAAAGAAGAAGAAGAACAACAAAAACAAGAAGAAAAGAUUUUAAAUGAAGAACGUGAAGUUGAUGCAAUUUUAACACUAAUGGAACCUAAAAUUGUACAAAAGCCUACUAUGCCAUUAUCACCUCUCAAUUAUUCACUUACAACCUGUAACACACUGAAUGGACUGUCUUUGGAAAAUUCAGUAGAAGAAGAUGCACAAACCGGAUGGGAAGAUGCUUGGAAUUCAGACACGUGA